GACCGCCCAAGCCGCCGCAUCGGAUCCACCUCUCUCUCACCGUCACCGCCACCGCCACCGCCACCUUCAUCCUCUCUCUCUCUCUCGAUCGAUCUCACAUACAGAGCCGCCGGAAAAAAUGAGCUCUUUCGAGCUUCCCUCCUUCUCUCUCGGGCUCGAUUCGGACUCCGAUUCGGAGCCUCCGAACCCUGACCCACCCCGAAGUGAUGCUGUCCGCGACGGGAUGUCUCCGGCCGGCGGCGGCGGGGAGGAGCCGGAACCGCGAACCGAGGACCCGGGUCGCGAGAUCGGGGCCGACCCGCCGCGAGCCUUGAAGCGGCUCAGGCGCGGCCUGCCCGCCGAGCCGAAACAGAGCUCCGCUCGCCCGUCUCCCGACGCCUACGUGGACGACGACAUCGAAGAGUUCUCGUCCGAUGAAACAAGCAGAGCAGAUGAAAAGGCAUCCAUCCAGAUUCAUUCAGUGGGCAGCAGUUCGAAGGUCCCACUGUGCGGACGUUGGGUUAACAAUGCGCCUUCCUCAAGCCCCUUGAAAGCCAUAAAAGGGGAACAAGCUUCAAUUGACCACUCUGCCAGCUUGAAAAGGAGCUAUGAUAAGCCCAUGUUGAAACAAACUACUUUAAGUCCUCUUCGAAGGUUCCACUUAAUCGAUUCGGAUUCUGAUAGUCCAUCCACUAGUGAACAUGCCAAUGAAGAAGCUGAUAAGGCGAAGUUAUUGUCCAAAGAGAAAAGUGAAGUUGCUGAUCAUAUACUCGGAAGUCAAGAGAGGAGAAAACUCCCAUCUUACUGUGUUCCUAAGAAUGAGGAUCUAUGGAGAGAUUUUCGUCCAACAAAGAGCCUUCACAUCCCAACCCCAGCUCUGGAUGAGGUUUGUGAAGAAUAUUUCCACUCUCUGAAUAGUGGGAAUAAACCUCAGCAACCGGUGGCUCAUUUAAACAUUGAUAAUAAAAGCCAUCAACCGACAAGAAAUAGCAGCCAAAAUAUUGAGCCUCGCUGUGAUUCAAAUGACAACCUACCUCCUGCUCAUCGAUACUUUUUUCAUGAUGAUCCAAGUAUUCGGAACUUAGUCCACAGUCGUCUACCUCACUUUUUCCCUCUUGGUGGUGCCAAUAGUAGCAAACAGCCAUCACUCAUCGAUUACAUGGGUCAGUUUGCAAAUGGAGAAUCUUCUCAAAAGCAAGCAAUACAAAAAACUGACUCUAAGAAAAGCUCAAGGUGGAGAAAUAAAUCAAAAGCUCAGAGUGCUGAAGGAAUCACAAGCACCGGAAGCUGGAUGAACCCCAAAGACACUUCAAUCACUACGCAGAAUGCUGGGAAAAGACGAGUUCAUGCUAAUGGAAAAUCCACAGGUCAUUGGUAUACUGCAGCUGAUGGGAAGAAGGUUUACGUCACUGCAACUGGGGAGGAGUUGACAGGUUCAGGUGCCUAUAGACAUUACAGAAAGGAGAAUGGAACGGCAUUUAGAAAGUCAAAAAAGAAAUCCAAGGCCAAGAAAGGCAAGAAGGGUUGACGCUUGGAUUACCGUCAAGCUUCGUCGGUGUUGCUUGUAUUAAGAAGCAAUGUAUUCUUCAUACACAUUUUCUCUUCCAAUUUUAAGGUCAGUCCAUAUGUCCAUCCAGCAAUAAACUAGUGGUUCUGAAGAGAAAGAUCAAGUCUUAAAAAAUGCAGUGCAGCGACCAUAUCUGCCUCUGUUUUCCAGGCCGGCAAGCUCAAAAUGAUGUCUGAUUAUAGCUGAACAAGCGUCUGCUUGGUCAUCCUGCUUAUGUACGAGCAGCAAAUGAUGAACCAAGUGAAGAUGGCAUUGAUCAAAUGUAGCAACAUUUCAACCACAGAUUAACCUUCAUAA